CAUGAAGUAUAGACAAGUUUAGAUAAGAUUAUUUUGAGUACGUUAAAGUCUUAAUUAUUUUCAACAAUACGUUGGAGUGUGGUUCAGUGAACGGCUGCUAACAUGUCUGGCUUUGAUGAAAAUCCUUUUGGGGAACCGAAUAUCAAUGAUCCAUUUUCGGAUCCUGCAAUAAGAAGGGCUGUAUCUUCUACUCCAGCUAACAGAGGAUUAGAAGAUUACAAUCCUUUUGCAGAACAAGGUUCACAAGGAACAGCACAAGUUAGAGGUGCUUCAAAUCCUCCAAUCUAUGGAGGUCUUGGAGUAACACAGCAACCAGCUACACUUCAGCCUUCGAACCAAGAACCUCCAGCAACUAAUUAUGCCCGUACUCCACAACAAACAGUGAAUACAGCACUUGGCAGCACAAUAUCCCCAACUUCAGAUCAAAGAUCAGAGUCAGAAUGGAAAACAAGAACAGAGGAAGAUAUGAGGAACACACCAUAUUAUCCAAAAAGAAACAACUGGCCUCCUUUACCUGAUAAAUGCUGCUUUCAACCUUGCUUCUAUCAAGAUAUUGAUGUAGAAAUUCAUACAGACUUUCAGAAGGUAGUCAGACAGCUAUAUCGUUUAUGGAUGUUUCAUGGUUGUGUUUUAAUACUUAAUAUUAUCGGUGGAUUCAUCUUACUUUUAUGUAAUGGAGGAUUUUCAACAUUUGGUCUUGGAAUAUUAUAUCUGAUAUUAUUUACACCAUUCUCAUUUUUAUGCUGGUUUAGACCAGCAUACAAAGCUUUCAAAAAUGAUAGCUCUUUUAACUUCAUGGUAUUUUUCUUUGUCUUCUUCUUUCAAUUAAUCGUCACAGCAAUUCAAGCUAUAGGCAUUCCUGGCUCAGGAACUUGCGGCAUUAUAGUUGCUUUCACGAUGUUUGAUAACACAGCUAAAGGAAUAUUUGUUGGGUUUUUACUACUCCUUAUUGCCCUUUGUUUUGUUCUCGCUGCGUUCGGUGAUCUGUUAUUAUUAACCAAGAUUCAUCGCAUAUAUCGCUCGUCAGAUGCAAGCGUUUCGAAAGCACAACAAGAAUUCGCGACGACUUUCUUACGCAAUGAACAUGUACAAAAUGCAGCAAGUAGUGUUGCUGCCAAUGCUGUACGCGCCCAAAUGGCUAACGCUGCUAAUCAACCACGCUAUUAAAGUGAUUUCGUCACAAUCCAGGAUUUAUUCUUCAGAGUACGAAAAUUGGGUUAUAUCGUUGCUGUUACUUUAUUGGGUGUAUCUGAAUGUCUCAAUGAACUGGAAACUUUAUAUCAAGUAAAAUGUUCGGGAAUAUAGGAAAAAGAGAGGUCGAAGGAUCUUUGUUAUUUAUUGAGACUUCAAUAAAACAGAUUCUGCCCUAUAAAUAUAUUUUUACAUAUAUGACGAUGUUUAAAUUGAUUGCAAUGAUUAUUACACAAUCUUUAUUAUAUAGCAAUGAAUAAUAGAUUACUUCGUUUUGUAUAAAAAAUGAAAAAUAAGACAGAAAUGUUGUUUAAAUUUUAUAAAUAUUCGCUGAUACAUUUGUACUUAUGUAAGCAGCAAAGAUAAAAGUGACAAAUAAAAAUUUAAUUUACUCAAAAAAAAAAAAAAAAAAAAAAAAAAAAAAAAAAAAAAAAAAAAAAAAAAAAAAAGAUCUUUCACUCCAAUAAUUAGAAUAAGAAAACUUCUUCAAGAAAUAUUUAAAAUAUUUAUAACAAAUUUUCCAAUUUCUCUAAACCAAUAGUCCUCAAUAGUAUUUUACCUAAAAUUUCAAAAUUGUUAUCCGAUUGAUCUUGAUCCGAGAUUAAAUAUUAUUAUCUUUAA